AUAUAUAAAGUGAUAUGUUAUGAAUACCUGCGUCUUGUAACCUAUAGUAACCAAAACACUUCCCCUAUCUGGAAGAAAAGUCAAAGUUGGAUUUCUCUCACAGAUAGUCUAUGCGCACAAAUCCGGAAUUCCAAAAAUGAUCAAUUUUACACAAAAGUAUCAAGACUUCUUGGACAGUGGUGAUCCCAGAGUGGCGUCAUGGCCCAUGAUGGACAAUCCUAUGAAAGGAAUAACGUUAGUCGUCAUGUAUUUAGGAUUCGUGAAGGUCGCGGGACCGGCCUGGAUGAGGGAUCAGAAACCAUAUGAUCUGCGAUACGUCAUGGCUGCCUACAACUUUGCUCUCGUCGCCAUUAGCGCCUGGCUUUUUAUUAAUUUUGGUGCAUUGGGCUGGUUUACAACAUACAGCUGGAGAUGUCAGCCUAUUGACUAUUCCUACAGCCCCGAUGCAAUUAAAAUGGCAGAAAUUGGCUGGUAUUUUUACAUCACGAAGUUUAUUGAAUUUGCUGAUACGGUAUUUUUUAUUCUAAGGAAAAAGGAUUCUCAAAUUUCCGGUCUACAUGUUUUCCAUCACAGCCUCGUGCCUAUAACGCUUUGGUUCGGAAUUAAAUAUGGAGCAGGAGGCUACAAUUCCAUUUUCGCUUUUCUGAAUUCAUUUGUGCAUAUAUGGAUGUACUUGUAUUAUGGACUAUCCGCCCUGGGUCCUGCAUUCCAGAAGUAUUUGUGGUGGAAGAAAUAUUUAACGAUACUGCAAAUGGUGCAGUUCUUCAUUGUGUUCACAUUCAUGGUCCAACUCACAUUCUUCCCAUCCUGCGAAAUCUCGAAGCCCUUGCUCUACCUGAAUGUCGUUCAAGCAGUCAUCUUCUUCGCACUCUUCCUAAACUUCUUCCUGGGAUCCUACCAACGGAAAAGGCGCCAGUCCAAAGAGAAAUCAUCCCAACAACCCGUCGAGAUGUCAACCCACACGCGAAACGAAGAGGCCAACGGCCACGUCCGAUGCAGAAAACCAUCCGUCCACAAAGUGAGAUACGUCGACGUCGACUACGUCACGGAGGCUGUCACAAUUUCAGCGUGAAAUUCCUGACUUUCCAGUCCCAACGUUUUCUUCAUAUUACGCGAUAACUAGAGAUCCUAAAUACGGAGAGGUUGGACAACUUCGGAACGGCGGCCAUCUUAUGUCCAAAGAUGCUCAUUUCCCGUAGACCGUAAUGCAUCUGCACCAAAUAUCACUGAAGAGUGUAUAGAAAAAACUGGAAGCUAGUUAUGCUAUUAUGAAAUGAAAUGUGCAGAUCACAAAUAUCUGUUUGCUUUCUAUCUUUAUGAACAAAUUUUUGAGAGAAAAAAAUCUUUGUACACGCUAUGACGAUACGAAACGAUUGGCACAGGAUUGCCAGACUUGGCGUUCAAUCCGUUUAAUGAAAAUACGAGCAGAAAAAACAAUCAAUCUGUUCUUUAAAGAUUUCAUGUCCUAUAUUCCGUGGGGAAAAGCUAAACAUUCACACAGCACAGCAUUUCGAGCUGACAACACUUGGACUAAACAUGGCGGAGAUCGGCGCGCUGCUGUCCCAUUUCUCCGUAUAUAGGAUCUCUAGCGAUAACUAGCCAUAGCUGUAUACCUAGAUCAGCUUUUCAUUCAGAAGAAAAUCACCGCCAAGAUGCACGGGUUGCCGAUAUCACUGUUCCAAGCUGAUCUAGAAGUUCAUCAUACAGUCAUCGAGACGAAAGAACACUAUCCAUUUUCAAUUCUCGACAUUUUUCACUCGCCACAUCAAUAGAAACUAAACUGUAGUGAGUGAGUUUGAAACAUUACAUAAAGCUUCAGCAUUUUUUCAAUUCCAUUACAUAUGAAUAAAUCAUUUACCAACACUUUAAGUUCGUAAACAAAUAACACAAUUGUUUUCCAAGAACUUCAAAACCUUAAGUCAACAGAUAUUGUCUUCCAUACUGAAAAUCUAUAUUAUCCGAGUUUCUCUCUUAAUUAUUGUUUUAUAUGAGGCAGUGAGAAGCAAAGGGAUGUAAGUGGACAUUUUCAAAUUUUGUGUAAAACGCGUUCAAAGAUAACAUUUUAGGUAGUAUUUCAUUGAUUUUUUUUUUUUUUCUAAAUCAUGCUGUGUAGCAGCAACUACCAUGGCUACUAGUUCCAUUUCUUACCACAAGACAGAGGGAAGGUUACUUUACCAUGUGUACUGGUUAUCUCCAAAUUUUUAAUUUUGCCACUUUCAUUCCUUUGCUUCUCACUGCCUCAUAUAUUUUUCAAAUAGUGCAUAGUUAUGAUUUUCCUUAACUUUUGUAACGGUCUGGGGGGAUACACAAACCAUUUAAAAAAUCCUCAAUAGGAGGGUAUAAACUUGAAGUUUGAAGACAGUACAAAUUAUAAGACUCUAAAGGCCCUGUUCCAGAAAUAAUCUGUAGAGAUUCGCUUCGGAUCGACGUCAUAACUCCUCCCUCAAACCGUCUCCGCACAGAACUAACGCAAGUGAGACUGUUUGUGGGAGGAGUUAUGACGUCGAUCCGAAGCGGAAUGAUUCCGUGUGGGUGCCGGAAUAAGCUUCUAUAGGCCUCAUUCAAGAACAAAUCGGUAGCAUCCCUUUAAAUUCAUGUAAACUCCUCCCUCAAAUAAUCUGCGUUUGUAAAGUUUCGAUGCGAAGACGGUUUGAGGGAGGAUUAUGACGUCAAUCCGUAGCGGAAUGAUUCCAUGCGGGUGCUGAAAUAAGCUUCUAAAGUUUGAGGUUUGACUUUCUUCGUCUUACAUAAAAAUGAUCUACUAAAGCGAAACCAAUGAGGAAAUACGAAUUUUACUCUUUGUCAAGCAUUUUGGAUUCGUACUGUAUGAAAAUAAUAGUCCAGUGAAAAACAAUAAUUACCUACUCACUAGAAUAUAUUACCGCAUGCAUCACAUACCAUCAUAAUUGACGAUUUCAUAUUUGCAUUUCGUGGUAUCGGCAACAGUUUCAAACGCCAUCACAAUUAGAGCACAUUUUACAAGCAGCUUUUUCAACAUACCUAAAGCUUUUUUGAAGGACAGCAAAGAUAUUAACGAAAUUAGGCAGCAAAGCCUUAGGCAGAAAUAGAAUAGUAAUUAAUAUCUCAUAUUCAACGAAUGUAGAAUUCAUUCCUUCUGUUUUUUGGAAAAGUUUUAUACGCAAAACGUUGAAGAGUGGUAAAAAGUAAAGUAUAUGUUAUACGUUUUUAAGUUUUUGAAAUUUAUGAAAAUGCGUUAAAAAUUUUUGUUGAAAAUUUUGAACUUUUAAUAUGUAUUUUAAGUUUGUAUAAAAGUGUAAGUAAAUGUGGUAUAUAUAUUUUUGUGCAUUUGUUUAAUAUAUUUGGCUGAUUUUUAAAUAAAAAUAUUCAAGUUGUUUGUUCGGCGAGCUCUUUUUUUUUUUUUUUUUUUUUUUUUGCGUACUAA